UUUUAAAAAACAUUUUAAAUCCCUUGGAUAUGAUUUAAGUGUCUACAAGUGACAAAUUUAAAAUAAUAGAUUCAGAAGCUUAAGAGAGAAAGGUAAAGAUAAAAACAAAACGGGUUACAGCAAAAUACAACUUAAGACAUAAAACAGUUUAUGAGAAAAUAGGUUUGUUUUUAAAAAUCCACAACGAAUUACAACUUUUAUAUGUAAAUGACAGUACCACUAUAUAUAUAUAUAUAUCUAUAUAUAUAUAUUAUAAAAUAGAAACUGCUAAAUAUGCAAAGAAAUGGAUAUAAAUUCAGAAGUAUAUAGGAAGACUUUUUUAGAUAUCCAAGUAUAGUUGACAAAAAUAUAAAUAAAAUUAAUAAAAGUAAUUUGAUGUCAAAUAAUGAAGGAUUUAUAUAAAUGAUAUGAAAUUGGACUUAAAGCAGACAUAAAAAUGAUAAAACUGGGGUUUCUUAAGAAUGCUCUUUUGUAUAGUUAUGUGAAGGAUAGUGGGUGAAAGGACUGAAAAUAGGGAGAUAAUAUUCCUGAAUGAAAUAAUGAAUGGUGAUCAGAAUUCUACUGCCCAGAAAUACAUUUCUAAGAAAUGCUAUCUUAAGAAAGGUUGGUUCCUAUCUGGCUGUUUACUCUUUAUAGUAAAAAGGGCUUUACAUUAGUAUCACUUUUGACACUAUAAUAAAUAGGAAGGGACCAAAGAGAAACUCUUGGAAGCAAAAAAGGAGGCAUGACUCAAGGAGGGAAAUUCCUGGUAUAUAAAAUGCCCUAUAUAUGCCAAAUAGAAUUUGCUACCAUGCUCAGCACUUCUACUCCCUCCAGAAGAGUAUUGAAGCUGAAGCAGAAGCAAGAAGCAUGAAUGUGACGGCAUGGCUAUUGUCUUGGCUCUGAUACUCUGUGCUACAGCUAUUCAAGGUUCCCCAUUGUUCAAAGGAGGACGUUGUCUUUGCAUAGGCCCUGGAGUAAAGGCAGUGAAGCGGCAAUAUUCAGACAAUCUCUGUAAUUUUCCCAGUAACUACUGUAACAAAACAGAAGUGAUUAUCACCCUGAAAGCACGAAAAGGACAGAGAUGCCUAAAUCCCCAAUCGAAGCAAGGCAGUAUUAUCAUAAAGAAAGUUGAAGAGAUGAAGUCUUUAAAACAUUAAAACAUCUGAAGUCCUGGAAAAAAAGGAUAUGAAAAUUCAGAACAAGUUGUAACUGUUAUAGAUGAAAUGAUAAGAAUUCUGUAAUAGGGAAAUGACUUUCUGUUGUCCUACUGCAAUGUACCUUCAUGCAUUUGUAGGUUAGGGAAACUUGUAGAAGAUUUGAUAUUUAUAACCAUUCUGCUGUGACAAUGAAAACAUUUCUAAGUUAUCUGUUGUACUUGAUCUAUAUGUACUUUUAAAACCUGCAGUUAUAAUGGAGACAUUAACAUUAUUCUGAAGUCAAUAUUUUAUGAGUCAAAAGCAUACAUAUAUAUAAUGAACACUCCCCCCAGUUUUUUAAUGGGAAUCUUAUAGCACAUA